GCCCCUCGGCCGUGUGAGAGGCCAAGCUUGCUGCAUUGCAGCCGCCGCGGCGCCGCUCGGCUCCUCACUCCCAACAAUGGCGGCUCCGAGCCCGAGCGGCGGCGGCGGCUCCGGGGGUGGCAGCGGCAGCGGUACCCAGGGCCCCGUAGGGUCCCCGGCGCCGGGCCACCCGGCCGUCAGCAGCAUGCAGGGCUUUCAGAUAAACUUCUGUGAAAAGGCACAAAGUAAACGCAAAGCACUGAAGUUGAAUUUUGCAAAUCCACCUUUCAAAUCUACAGCAAGGUUUACUCUGAAUCCCAAUCCUACAGGAGUUCAAAACCCACACAUAGAGAGACUGAGAACACACAGCAUUGAGUCGUCAGGAAAACUGAAGAUCUCUCCUGAACAACACUGGGAUUUCACUGCAGAGGACUUGAAAGACCUUGGAGAGAUUGGACGAGGAGCUUAUGGUUCUGUCAACAAAAUGGUCCACAAACCAAGUGGGCAAAUAAUGGCAGUUAAAAGAAUUCGGUCAACAGUGGAUGAAAAAGAACAAAAGCAGCUUCUUAUGGAUUUGGAUGUAGUGAUGCGGAGUAGUGAUUGCCCAUACAUUGUUCAGUUUUAUGGUGCACUCUUCAGAGAGGGUGACUGUUGGAUCUGUAUGGAGCUCAUGUCUACCUCGUUUGAUAAGUUUUACAAAUAUGUAUAUAGUGUAUUAGAUGAUGUUAUUCCAGAAGAAAUUUUAGGCAAGAUCACUUUAGCAACUGUGAAAGCACUAAACCACUUAAAAGAAAACUUGAAAAUUAUUCACAGAGAUAUCAAACCUUCCAACAUUCUUCUGGACAGAAGUGGAAAUAUUAAACUCUGUGACUUCGGUAUUAGUGGACAGCUUGUGGACUCCAUCGCCAAGACAAGAGAUGCGGGGUGUAGGCCGUACAUGGCUCCUGAAAGAAUAGACCCAAGUGCAUCACGACAAGGAUAUGAUGUCCGCUCUGAUGUCUGGAGUUUGGGGAUCACAUUGUAUGAGUUGGCCACAGGCCGAUUUCCUUAUCCAAAGUGGAAUAGUGUAUUUGAUCAACUAACACAAGUUGUGAAAGGAGAUCCUCCACAGCUGAGUAAUUCUGAGGAGAGGGAAUUCUCCCCAAGUUUCAUCAACUUUGUCAAUUUGUGCCUUACGAAGGAUGAAUCCAAAAGGCCAAAGUAUAAAGAACUUCUGAAACAUCCCUUUAUUUUGAUGUAUGAGGAACGUACCGUUGAGGUCGCAUGCUAUGUUUGUAAAAUCCUGGAUCAAAUGCCAGCUACUCCCAGCUCUCCUAUGUAUGUCGAUUGAUAUGGCUGCUACAUCAGACUCUAGAAAAAAGGGCUGAGAGGAAGCAAGACGUAAAGAAUUUUCAUCUUGUAUCACAGUGUUUUUAUUGCUCGCCCAGACACCAUGUGCAAUAAGAUUGGUGUUCGUUUCCAUCAUGUCUGUAUACUCUGUCACCUAGAACGUGCAUCCCUGUAAUACCUGAUCGAUCACACAGUGUUAGUGCUGGUCAGAGAGACUUCAUCCUGCUCUUUUAUGAUGAACAUAUUCAUGAAACGUGGAAGUCAGUACGAUCAAGUUGUUGACUGUGAUUAGAUCACAUCUUAAAUUCAUUUCUAGACUCGAAACCUGGAGACACAGCUACUGGAAGGGUGUUUUGUCAGACUUCCAAAUCCUGGAAGGAUAUGGUGAUGGAUGUACUAUGUCUGAAUGUAGAGACUCGGGCGUGAAUGAGAGCAGCUUGCACAGCCAGCGAGACACAUUGCCUUCUGGAGCUGGGAGACAAAGGAGGAAUUUACUUUCUUCACCAAGUGCAAUAGAUUUACUGAUUUGAUAUUCUGUUGCUUUACAGUCACAGUCGAUGUUUGGGGAUCGAUGUGCUCAGCCAAAUUUCCUGUUUGAAAUAUCAUGUUAAAUUAGAAUGAGUUUUAUCUUUACCAAAAAAACCAUGUUGCAUUCAAAGAGGUGAACAUUAAAAUAUUGAGACAGGACAGAAUGUGUUCUUUUCUCCUUUACCAGUCCUUCUACUCUUCAUUGGGAAGACUCAGGAGUCUGCCACUUGUCAAAGAAGGUGCUGAUCCUAAGAAUUUUCAUUCUCAGAAUUUAGUGUGCUGCCAACUUGGUGUGUUCCACCUGCCACAAACCACCAGGACUGAAAGAAGAAAAGUACAGAGGGCAAAGUUUACAGAUGUUUUCAAUUCUAAUAUCUUAUCUGGAACAGCUUGUAGCAGCUAUAUAUUUCCCCUUGGCCCCAAGCCUGAUAUUUUAGCCAUCGUAACUCACAAACAGGGAGAAGUAGCUAGUAGCAACGUGCCUUGAUUGAUCAGAUGCAGAUUUCAUGCAGGCAGCACAAGACCAAAUCUCAGUUAUUUGCUUCUUGCCAGCACUGGUCCAGGUCUUCAGUUUCUGAAUUUCUUCCCCUUUCCCUACGGUCUGUUGUUGCUAUGUGACUUGCUUAAUCCAAUAUUUUGCCUUUAAUUUCUACAUCAAAAGUCUUGAUAAUUACCAGGGAUGUUCCUUACCAAGGAUUUUUAGCCCCAAACUCUCAUGUGCUCUAAUAUUUAAAAGGCUGAGAAUAGAGGGCUGGUGUGGUAGGUGAUGCCGAGGUAUCUUCUCUAGAGACUCAUUUGACUGGAUGAGGGUCUGAAAUGGCAGUCUCUUAGAUAUGGUCAUCCAUCACCUGCUAGAAUCUCCAGUAGUUCACCACCAUUUCUUGGGAUUGGGAUUCUACCGGGAAGGGAGAAAAAGAAAAGCAAAACAAAACCCCAGAACACAGUUGUAAGAGGCCAUUUAAGUCUGUUAUCUUGCUGUGUUGCUUCAGUCCCAUGAGCCAGGCUCUCAUUAGGUUUUGCUCCAGCCGCCCUGGCACUGAGCUUUAAGCUUUGCAUUUGUAUGACAGUUAAGCAGCACUGUGAGUGGUUCAAGCACCCUGGAGUAUAAAACAGCCGUGGUCUGAGAUGCAUGUGCUGCCAUUAUAGAACCAAAUUAUGGCAGAUGUGGCUGCAUCUCCUCUCAGAGUGACAGUCACAGCUGAUAAAGGGAGAAUGGUGCUGUUAACGUCACAUCCCUGUGAACUGCAGAAUUCAGAAAUGAUUUUGGUCCACUUGCCUAACUUCCCUGUCUUCUCCCCAUGGCAUCCCAGAUCUUAGACUCCCCAGUGUUCUGGAAGGAGGCAUUGUUACAUGUCUUCCUUCGACCACACCAAGCCAUCAUCUUCCAUUGCUCCCGGGGACUCAAAAGGAAUCUGUUUCUCUGCUGUCAACUUCCCGGCUGGCUCAGCAUAGGGUCACUUUGCCAUUAUGCAAAUGGAGAUAAAAGCAAUUCUGACUGUCCAGGAGCUAAUCUGACCGUUCUAUUGUGUGGAUGACCACAUAAAAAGGCAAUUUUAGUGUAUUAAUCAUAGAUUAUUAUAAAGUAUAAACUUAAGGGCAAGGAGUUUAUUACAAUGUAUCUUUAUUAAAACAAAAGGGUGUAUAGUGUUCACAAACUGUGAAAAUAGUGUAAGAACUGUACAUUGUGAGCUCUGGUUAUUUUUCUCUUGUACCAUAGAAAAAUGUAUAAAAAUUAUCAAAAAGCUAUGUGCAGGGAUAUUGCCUUAUUUGUCUGUAAAAAUGGAGCUCAGUAACAUAACUGCUUCUUGGAGCUUUGGAAUAUUUUAUCUUGUAUUCUUGUUUGAAUUCCUCCUCUAUUUAAGAUAUAUACAUGGAAUCGAAGUGUUUAUGUAAUAGUUCUUCUAUCCUUUUGCCUGCAGGUCAGUUGUAAUAAAUCUAGGAUGUGAUGAUGA